GUGGUUGGAUGAUGCAUAUGCCGUUUGCGUAGGUGGCGGUUGUUGAGUAGCGGCAGCGCUGCUAAGGUUGUCUGGCUGCUGGGAUCAGCUGUGACUCAGUUCCCCUGAGCCCCUCUGGGCAGUUCUUUCCUCUGCCCCGUUUAAGUCCGCGAUGGAACAAGCGUCUCUGCUCAGCUUUGUUUUCCUGCUGCGCGUUGCUCUGGUGGUGUGUCGUUGCCCUCUGCAGUGUGUUUGCCCCCCCAGCCCACCCCAUUGUGCUCCCGGGGUCAGCAUGGUGCCUGAUGGCUGUGGGUGCUGCAAAGUCUGUGCCAGGCAGCUGAACGACGACUGCAGCAAGCACUGGCCGUGUGACCCCCACAGGGGGCUGGAAUGCAACUUUGGGGCAGAUCCCUUGGCCAGCAAGGGCAUCUGUCGGGCCAAACAGGAAGGCCGGACGUGCGAAUACAACGGGCGGAUCUACCAGAAUGGUGAGAAUUUCCAGCCCAGCUGCAAGCACCAGUGCAGCUGCAUCGAUGGUGCCGUGGGCUGCCUGCCCCUCUGCCCCCUGGAGCUGCCCCUGACCUCCCUCAGCUGCCCUGACCCACAGCUGCUCAAGGUGCCCGGCCAGUGCUGCAAGAAGUUCGUGUGCGGCAAGGGGGCCAAGAGGUUUGGGGAGGUCUCCUUUGAGGGCGGGGAGACCAAAAGCAACGAGCUCAUCUAUGUGGGCAAGGACCAGCACUGGAAGAACCUGCUGGCCUGGCCACCUCUGUUCAAGGCCCAUUCUGUGCUGAGGAAAUGCCGUACCCAGACCACGGACUGGUCUCCCUGCUCCAAGACCUGUGGCCUAGGUGCCUCCACCCGGGUCACCACCAACAACCCCCAGUGCAAGUUGGCCAAGGAGACGCAGCUGUGUCAGAUCCGACCCUGUGGCCAGCCUGACUUCACCAAGCUGAAGAAGGGCAGGAAGUGUCUCCGGACCCACAAGGCGCAGGAGCCGGUGCAUUAUACCUACGCCGGGUGCAAGAGCCUCCGCAAGUACCAGCCCAGCUACUGCGGCUCAUGCCUGGACGGGCGCUGCUGCGUGCCCCUGCACACUCGCACCCUGGCCGUGCCCUUCCGCUGCCCAGACAGGGAUUCUUUCACACGCAGCGUCAUGGUGAUCCACUCGUGCCAGUGCGGGCUGGCCCACUGCCAGCCCCUCAACGAGGCUGCCAUGCACCCCCAGCACCGGCUAGAUGGAGACACGCACAAGUUCCUGGAGUGAGCAGUGCUGGCACCCCAGAGCGGAUGGGGGUCCUGGUGAUGGUGUGGGGGGAGGGUUACCCCCACUCAAAUGACACUUUAAGGACUUGAAUCUCAGCCAUAGAUUGGGGGCCUCUAAGCUGACAGGUGGGGGGCAGGGGUGGGGAAGCUAUUGACCCACAUGGCAGCCCCUUUCUAGCCUGUAUUUCUACCCAUGUUCCCUCCUGCCUGCCACUUCCUGUCCCAUGGUGCCUCUUUCCACCUGUGCCCCUGUGUCCCCCACUUCCAUUUCCUACCCCAUGGAACCCUGCUGUGCACCCCCGCUUCCUCCUAGGGGUGGGGGAAUCUCACCCACAUCUACCACCACCCCCAACCUUGCUACCUGGAGUCCCCUCCAGACUGGCAUGCUGUCUGCCCCUGCCUUGUGUGCACUCACUGCCCCCUGGUGGUGAGCCCCCCAUGGACAUGCUCUCCAUCCCUGGUGGAAGACAGUAGGUGUCAUUUGAACCACAUGGCAGCUAUAGACAGCUGCCUCUACCCUCUAAUAAUCCAAAGGGCUCUUCUCUCCCCCCCCUCACCCACCAGCCUCAUUAAAGCACUUUUAAUUAUACCCUGGAUGCCAAGAGGCAAGGGGCUGGCGGUCCCAUGGGAAGGAUGCAUUGGAUUCAUGCCUGCUCUAUCACCACUUGCUGGGUGAUUUUAUACCUACAGGCACAACAAUGUUGCACUGGGGGGAGAAUUGUUUGUUUCUUUGACACACAGCUUCAAACUCAGCUUGGAGUGAUGGCUGUUGGCUUUGUAACGAAGCCCAUCUCAUCUAUCCUCCCUUCUCACUGUCUUCCCCACUUGUUAAAAAAAAAUCAGGUAUAGUUAAUUCUCUCCUCUUCUCUCCCACCCCGUACUGUUUAUAGUGACUGUUGCCAUGAUUGCAAGUCCCUUCUCUCUCUUGCUGGCAGGUAUAAUUGCUUUGUGAAGGGAGGGGCAUUCCCAGACACCCUGCAAACUCGUAUCUCCAUCAGACUGUCCUACUCCAGCCCCCCUCAAAUAAAAAAAAAAUUGGGAGUUUAGAAGCUGGUCUUCUGCUCCAGUCCCUGGCUAGAUUGCCAGCUACAAAUGUCAGAUCGGGAUCCACCAAACCCUCUAAAGUUUAUUGGUCUUCUGAACUGCCCCACCAGACCAGCUGUCUCUUCCCUGCUCCAGGAAGGCCAGUUCUCUGCUUAGUUUCUGUUAGAACAGGAAUGGCAUAUGAGGGGAGAGCAGCUCUGUUUCUCUCAUAAAUACCCCCCCAUCCCAAUCCAGAGGAGUUUAUCCAGGAUCCCCCCUUCAGUGCAUCUAACUAAGCUUGGCAGCAUUUGAUUUUAAUUUCAAUAGAUAAUGGUGGUUUGGUGUCUCUUUAAUUUUCCCAGUUGU